CGUGAUUAGCGUUAGACGUUACAUAGCGUACAGACCGGAUGUCGCCUGGUUGUUUACACGUCGCCACGCUACAACGUGACGUCACAAAAGCCACGCUUGUUCUGAUCGAGCAUUGCCACGAGUGGCGUCUGUGCUCAGACAGGUCUGGUGCCACUGUAAAGUCAGCAGAUGAAUUAAUGAAAUAUAUCUAAAUUGGCUCCAGCACACAACAACGACUUGAUGAUAUAUUUUGUGAGGAUGGGACACAAGACGACCGAUCGACAUUUUCUUGAAUUUGUCCAAAAUAACCAAAUUUAACUUCACAAGUUGCCUGUUGUCUUCUGGAAGCCACUAUGAUCGAGAAGGGAAAAAAUAAUAUCAUAAUCAGAUUAUUUUAUGGAUCAAGCGAAACUUCCCAGAACCGAAGCUUAAAUAAAAACUGAAAAUAUUUUGAUUUAAAGUAUUGUUCAGCACCGUCUGUAGACGGCUCCACUUGAAGUUUUAGCAGCUCCUAGAAUGGGAUGUGCAUCAUCGGCAGUCGGUACUGAAGUCGGCCAUGCUAGCUACGACCGCCGUCCCAAGAGUAUUAACGGUUUCUCCCCAAAGGAGACUCAGCCUCAUGGACACGAAGUGACAAACAUUAAACACAAUCGACAAAAACAGAGGAAUGGUGUUGACGACAACGCCAAUACUGUGGAAGUUAAGACAACACCUGUACCUAAAGGGAUAGCAUUUGAUCUAUCCCUGGAUGGCCAAAACACAGAACUUGUAUUUGCCAAACGACCUGGCCGAUUACAGACUCUUGAACCUCUCAAUGUGCCCAUGCUAUCAGCUGAAAUGCUUGCAGAGAAGCAGAGACAAGCAGAAGAGAAGAGAGAAAGGAUGAGACAGAAGCGAGCUAGUUCAUCGAAGAAAUCGUCAAGAAGGCGCCAUGAACUGAUGCAAGCAAAGGAGUUUGAGAUGAAGCAGCAUGUGCAACAGGAAAAAGUGCUUGACGAACAACAGAAACUGGCAGAGGUGAAACGUGAGGCAAAGCUCAAGGAGAUUCAGGAAAAACAGAGAAUAAGGGAAGAACGUGCACAGAGGGCAAGGGACAGGGCAAGAAAACUGAACCAGACUGAGCAAGAAGAGAUUGAAGUAGAGAAGGAUGAAGCAUUCAAUGCCAGUGAUAAUGAUUCUUGGUUGGGCAAUGAUGAAAGAGACAGUGGUGAAAGGAUAUAUUCUGGUGAAGCUAGUCCCCAAAAGAAAGUUCGUGACAACGACUCUGCUGUACGACGAGUUACAAGUGCAAGCACUACUGACAGUUAUGAUGCUGCCUUCCAGCGGCUCCCCUCUGGUAGCAAGACAAACAACACAAACAAAGAACUAUUUGAUGAUGAAUUCUUUAAGUAGUUACAUAUGUGUUACAAACUACUUGUGAUUAACAGAGGGAGUCCUUUCUCUGAUGCACAUGUUGCAGCCACACAAGGUAAAAGAAGAUGGAAAAUCCAAAUGUGAAACAUUAUCAUUAUCAGAUGAUGCAAACAACAAAUGAAGGUGCUUUUAGAAUACUUUGAGUGGCAUAAGGAUUGCAACAACACAUCUGUGGCUGUCACAAACCUCUUUUACCUCACCAUUUUUCCUCAAGGUUGAGCAAAUUUCUAACUUGGUUAAGCAGUACAUUCUUGCAUUAGAUGUACUUUCUAAAGGGUGCUGAAUGCUUUGUGCGUGAAACAUUUUGUGGUUAAGGGAAGCAAGAAGUAGCAUGCAGUCAUGUUUUGUUUCUUUUUAUGAAUCUUUUUGUGUGAAAAUAGUCAUUUAUGUAAUGAAACACAUUCAAAUAGUCAAAACUGUUUAAUAAUCUGUAAAGGUAGAUGGGGAACAGAUACACCUAAAGUUGUUACUAACUAAAUGUAAACCUUUUUAAUCAUACAAAUUCAGAUUCACAAUCUAAAAAUAUAACAAAAAUUUACAAUCAGCUUUUUAUGGGAUUUCUGUUUAUGUCUUAUGGUCUCAUGACCAACGAACACCCUACUCAAAGGAAAGCUACAUGUGAGCAUAAGGGAUUUGGAGGACGCUGUCAUUCAUCCUGUAGGCUAGCCUGAACAUUUAGUGAACAUUUAGUGAACAAAAAUUAAAGGAGAAGUCUCUUGGUUAAAGGGAAUUAAUUCUUUUUUCUGGUGUUAAUCUGGCGAUAAAAUAGUUUAAUCUUUAUUUUAUACAAAUUCAAGCAUUGUCAAUGAUGAUGAGAAGAGUAUUUGCUACAACUGCCAACUAAUUAUCGAUAACUCAUGUAUUAAGCAUAUGUGCAUAAAUGAUGUCUUAUACUCUGUAUGUACGCUUGAUAGUCAUUAGGUUUAUGAGAGAAGAUAGAUAAAUUGUGCAUUGCAGAAGAACACUGUUUAAUGAAUACUGUGUGUUUACUCCCAUUUUAUGAGAAUUCUUACACAACUAUUGUGGGGACAGAAAGUGUAUAACUACUCAUAAACUUUCACUAAGUGCAUUCAAAAUUAUACAUGUCAGUGGAAGAUGCUCACUUCUGUUGGGGGCAAACUCCAUGCUGAUAGUGAACACACAUUACAGAAAAAAGGAGAGUGUGUGUGAGUGCAGCCAUGCACACACACACACAUGCAUACUCAGUAGUACCAUCUCAACAUAUGCUUCUCUCAGUGUUAAGCAACAAAGCAACACUUAACUCACUAAAAAAUUACUCACCCGGUUAUCACAAUUGCAAGAAAUGAUGUAAUAUUCAGAAUAAGAUAAACUUUAUAAUCAUAUUAAUCACAGGGCUUCUGCUUACGCAAAAAAUUGCAUACAGUACGCAUUAAAAGUUCGGAGGACCCCUUCAAUUUUCGUCAAUGGGGUCCCUUCAAAUUUGGGCAAAGAACAGAGACCCCUUAAAAAUCUGAAGAAGGGGUGCCUGGGACCCCAAAGAAUUUAGCCUUAGCAGAAGCCCUGAAUCACAUUCAAGGUUUCCAAGUCAAUGUACCAAAAAAAAAAAAAGCCUGCAUCUUCUUUGAUUAAUGCCUUUUGUUUUGUAGUAAGGUAAGCUUACUUUUUCUUUCCUAUUGAUCAAGGGCUAGAUGUAUAAAAAUGUAACUUUUGCAUAUUUUGUUACCCUCAUAAAGAUUUGUCUUUUUUCCAAAAAGAUAUUCUUGCUCCCACAGUAUCUCUUACCCCCCAACACCUUGCUCCCUCUGGUUCCUAUGCCACUGCAUGUGUAAGGAAUGAAUAUAAAUUUUCAGUAGCUAUGCUGGCCAGGUGGAAUACUCAUUUAUAUGAUUAUAUGCAUGUGUUAAAAAUUCUCUGAAAUAUGUUGCCAUAAUAGAUGACAUGAGCAUAUUACUACCUUUUCUUACUUUUAUUUUGUGUUGGUUUAACAAUCCUGUCUAAUAUGUUUAUGUUGUUCAACAGAGGCCAGUUAAGCUUGAAGCACUAAUUACAAUACAUAUGAAGCAUGUUUGCUAGAAAUGUCACACCCACAAAGAAAUCAAUCUUUUUGACACCUUCCAGCUCAGAUAUUAGACAGGGUAUCUCAUAAGUUGACAACCUUUUAUACAAAUUUUUAUAAUACAUCAAUGAAAAAAAUCAUUUUGAUGAAAUAGUUACAUCCAUACAAUUAUUUUAACACAUCUAAUAUACAUUACCUGCCUAACUUUAUGAAUCUAUCAUCUGCAGUAUUAAGAUUGUUUGGUAUUCUAUUGUAUCAGAACAUUAAAUCACUCCCAGUGAUUCAUCACAAUUUCCACAUGUGCCACUUUAUACUAAAAUUUGAAUGGUACAUUGUUAAUUUUUUUAUGUGCUCAGAUAAAGGAUGUAUAUAGUUAUUCAUAGCCAGCACACAACAUUUUUUCAUGCUUUUAAGACAAUGUAGCUAUACUGUGAUCCUGGCUGCUGUUCAUAGUUUAUCCAGAUAUACUAAUUUACAUUUAACUGGAGUCAUUUGCCUCAGGCAGUAUUACUUUUAUAUGCAGUCAAAACCCCUGUGAUAAAUUUGAGCACAUCUGAAAAAGCUUAUUUUUCUGGUAAACAGAACAUUGAUUUGUUCAGUAUCUGUAAUAUUUUCCAAAUAACUAUACAAGCAAGUCAAAUAAAUAUGUGGUUUGCAA